CGAUACUUACACGAGGAGGGGUUAAAGUUAAUACAGCCAAUGUAUUGGCCAUGUGUGUGUUCGUAUCCACGACGGGAUAGUGUGUACGUUCACAGUUUGCGCUUUAUUCGUACACGUUUACGAACACAUUUCGGGUUAAAACACGUGUUCAACGUGUUCGAUAGAUUAUAUAUUUCGCACACCGUAGUUUAAUUUGUAUACUUUUAACCAGAAUAUCCGGUGCUAGCUCCGUUAGCCUCGUAUGUUCACCUGGAAACUCCCAAUGCAUCGUUCAGCAGCGGGAUCCUCUCGUGAAGGCUUAGCAUGACAUGUUCAGUGUCCGACCACUGCUCAGUGCCUUCGUUCACCAAACACUGACGUCGACGACAAGCGGUGGCAAUUAUAGGCUCUUUUGCACGAUGAGCGAAGCGGCGAAAGAGGAGAUCGCAGCCAAGCUGAUGAAAAGAGCCAAUGAGGAAAACGAGGAGUCUGCUGAGAAGGCACAGGCUGCAAAAAGAAUAAAAGCAGACGGGGAACACACCGAAGAUGAGAAGAAAUAUCCAAAAAAGAAAGUGGCACUCCUCCUGACAUACUCCGGGAAGGGAUACUAUGGCAUGCAGAGGAAUCCUGGAACCUCUGAGUUUAAGACCAUCGAAGGGGAUCUGGUCAGCGCACUUGUAAAGUCUGGCUGCAUUCCUGAAAACCACGGCGAUGAAAUGAAGAAGAUGUCUUUCCAAAGAUGUGCCAGAACAGAUAAGGGUGUGUCUGCCGCCGGCCAAGUUGUGUCUCUAAAGCUGCGUUUGAUUGAUGACAUCAUUGAAAAAAUCAACGAGCAUCUGCCUCCGCAAAUCAAAGUCCUCGGUCUUAAACGGGUGACCCAGGGUUUCAAUUCCAAAAACAACUGUGAUGCUCGUACUUACUCAUACAUGCUUCCAACAGUGGCCUUUUCCCCAAAAGACAAGGAUACAGGGAAUAUAUCAGCAUUUCGUUUGGAACCAGAGACACUUCAGAGGGUGAACAGUCUGCUUGCUCUGUACAAAGGCACCCACAACUUCCACAACUUCACCUCGCAGAAGGCUCCAAAUGACCCCAGUGCUCGCCGCUACAUCACAGAGAUGACCUGUGGAGAGGCUUUCAUCCGCAGCGACUCCGAGUUCGUAGUGAUCACUGUGCGAGGCCAGAGCUUUAUGCUGCACCAAAUCCGCAAGAUGAUUGGCCUAGUGGUUGCUGUGAUAAAGGGAUACGUAAAGGAGGAAGUGAUAGAGCGGAGCUGGGGACAGGAGAAGGUGGACGUGCCCAAGGCUCCAGGACUGGGGCUUGUCCUGGAGAGGGUUCACUUUGACCGGUACAACAAACGCUUCGGAGGUGAUGGGCUGCAUGAGCGGCUAGAGUGGGACCGUGAGGAAGAAGCAAUCAAGGCCUUCAAGGAGGCUCACAUCUACCCCACCAUCGUUGAGACGGAGUGUCAGGAGGGCUCCAUGGUCAGCUGGAUGGCCACACUUCCUAUCCAUGACUUUGAAGGCACGUCUACUAUAACUCGAGACAAUAAGCACGAGAAACAGGACAAUGCAGAUGAGGAAAAUGACACAGAUUAGGUCACACUGCCGGAUGAAAGAGGAGCUGUUUUCUCACCAAAAUAUUAUUUUUCUUUUGCAAAUAUUUGCUUUCUUUUUAGGUCUAAAAGUCUUCCAAAUAUACUAAGACUGACUUUUUUUAGCGGGUUUAAAUUCUUUUUCUCUUUUACAAAUGUUAUUAAACAUAUAAAAACAA